AUGUCGAAAGAAACAGCGUCUAUGAGAGAAAUACAACACAACCGACAACUCAUUUUGCAAGCUCUAAAUAAGAACACAACAAACUUUUCAAACUAUUCUAAGAUAUCUGAGUCAUUGAAAGAAGGAAACUUAAAACUGACGAUAAACCCAAUGACAGAUGAGUUUCUGUUUCAAGACAGUAAGAACCAUACUGUUUGUAUAAAUCCAACAAAAAGAACUUUAAACGAGAAACCUAUAGAUGAACUUCUUUUGAAAGCAGAUAUUGACAACAAAGCUGACAAAGAGUAUGUAGAUGCAACAAGAGACUAUAUUCUCGCAUGGACAGAUAGAACAUACCCACAAAAACACCAUACACAUAACAUCUAUGACGUAG